CGACCACCUCGCGGAGCUGCUUCUUCGGAAGAUGCGCAAUGACGCGCGGGGCGCACCAGCCACGCAAGGGACCGCUCCCUCGGUCCGCCCGCCCCCUCGCGGUUUUACAUCGCUUUCCAGAAACGGAUGAAUCACCCCCUCCGAGCCCUCCCUCGUCUGGGAAGCACGCCCGUAGGCUUUGGGCCAGGAGGCGGCGGCGGAGAAGCCGGGAUCGUUUAUAAAGGGGCCACUGUGGCCAACGUCUCCAUCGGUCGUAGACCAGCCAAACGCGCGCAGCGACUUGCAGCGAUGGAUCUGACUUCUGGAAACUCGCGGGCCUUUCUGCUGGUCGUCUCCUUGGUGGUACUUCUGGAGCAGGUCUGGCCCCAGUCGACAACGCGAGACAACAGAGAGAUCUGUCUCCAGCCACCACUUAAAGGACCCUGCCGGGCUUUGUUUGUCAGGUGGUACUAUGACAGAGCCACCCAAACCUGCCAGGAGUUUAGUUUUGGGGGCUGCAUGGGAAACAACAACAACUUUUUGAGUUUUGAAGAGUGUUCAGAGACUUGCGGGAGAAUCAAGAAGGUGCCUAAAAUAUGCCGACUGAAAUCUGAUGAAGGAAUCUGUAGAGGUUUAAUGCGAAAAUAUUAUUUCAGCCUUGAGACGAUGAGCUGUGAAAAAUUUUAUUAUGGAGGCUGUUUAGGAAACCAGAACCGAUUUGACGAUAAAGACUCCUGCAUGAACUUCUGCCUGCCAAAAAGAAAUACCCCCUCCUUUUGCUCUAACCCCAAAGACGUGGGAAUUUGUUCGAGUUCAGUUCCUCGCUUUUAUUACAACAUAGACACAGGAGAUUGUGAAGAAUUCACCUAUACAGGUUGUGGAGGAAAUAUUAACAACUUCCUCACUCGGAAAUCAUGUCUCAAGGCCUGCAAGAAAGUAGGGAGAAAGAAACCACCUGCUACUGGAUCAAAAUAUGUUGUCUCGUAAGGAUGAGGAGUCUACAGCCAACAUUCAAAUCCAACGAACGCCACAUACAUUCUUAAAUCUGGAGAGGUUUCCAGACUAGAUGCACUGAUUUCACACACUAGAAACUUUUAACUAAUGGGUGGGUUUAGGUUUUGUUCAGUUUUAUGUGGCUAUGUAACAAUUUUACUAUAUGAACAGUUUUGAACGGCAAGGUUUCUUUGAUCUAGUUACAGCUUACUUAGGGAUUGGGCCCCAUGCACAUGCCAGUGUGCCCUGUUGAAGGAUAAAAUCCUGGGCUGUUGACCCUCAUUCAGAUACUUGGACGCACAAGAAGCAGCUCAACACUCCCUGCUGAACAUUGAUUCUUCUCUACUAGCUGCUGAAUACGAUAGACCCUUUCUGGUGGUUUCAUUAUAUGGAACACUAAAUUAAGACCUUCUCCUGAACUUUCUUAUCUUCAUCUUCAUAAGGAGGGGUGGCAGAUGCGUGGUAGAGGGCUUACCUUGCAUGCAGAAUGUCUGAGGUUUGGUUCUUGGAAUCUCUAGUUAAAACAGUCCGCUGUGCUGAUGUUACACGUCCUCCCAUCACCUGCAUGACAGCAGCAUGAUCAGUCGGGGUGUGGUUGGCGCAGUUGAAACACAUGGGCAGAACCAAUCCAGUGCUUCUGCCAGUGCAUUUGCAGCACACCACUCUCAAUGCUGCCUUGCUCAAGUUAAGCCAGUGAUGCCAGUGGCAGGAGAUCAGGCAAAUCUCACGGACCACUAGAUAGCAUUAGAUAGUGGGCAAUGGGGAGGGCUUUGGUCUGAAACCCUGGAGAGCCUCAUCCACUCAUUGUAGACAAUUCUGAGCUGGCGGAACAAAUAUUUUGGCUUGGGAUAAGGGAGAUUCCUGUGUUUAUAUGUGAAUAAGUCUGGCAGAGAGGAUAUAGCUGAUUACAGACGUUGCAGGAUAACUGCAGAUGCAGAUCUUUAGAUCUUAUGGAGUUUCCCCCAAGUUUUAUAAAAUGUUACUAUAAAUAUAAAUGCAUACGUUUUAAACUUUCCCCUUUGUGUAGUUUAUGAAAAUGGUUCUGCUGUAUUGGAAGAGCUGAACUGUUGUUGAAUAGCUGAAGCAAGAACCAUGACCCAUAGUUGUUUUUUUUAAAAAAAAAACAGAUCUUUGUCAGAUAUUUCUUGCAUUGUUCCUUUAACUGAAGAUUAACCAAACUCGUUUUUCUCUUGAAUAAAUUGGUAUUGCUGAUAUCAAUUCCUUUGCUGUGAACUUUUCAAGAACAUCCUUAGGGGGCAGGCUUGCCAAAAACUACCAAGUGAAUUGGAAGGGAGGAGAAUGUAGACAAGUCAAAACCCAGUCGGACAUUCUAAAAUUUUAUCCUGGGUUCAAAGCCCUUGUUUGAGGUUAGGAAAUAUGACUAGACUAGGACUUGGGAGACUCGGGUUCAGUUCACCACUCAGCCAUGUCUGGGUGGUUUUUGUACACACAGUCUCUCAGCCUAACCUACCUCACAGGAUUGUUAUGAAGGUAUAGAAGGGAGAAGUGUAUUUGCCACCUUGGAGAAUAGUUGGGAUAUAGAUACAGUGAUAAUAAAAAUAAAAUACGUUUGUUCUUGGUAAUAUACAUAAUUGUAAUGCUGCUGAUUAAAAAGCUGGCACUGGGAGGAGACCAGCAAUGAACUUGAUAGUGGGGUGUGCUUGUUUUUUAAGGUGAAUUAUAAGCUACGUAAGGUUUCAGGAGUGUGGUGAACUGAUGGCUGCCUCUCCCAUUGUCAACUGGUCCAGUUCUAAAGCUACAGGAUUAAUUUUCAUCAUGAGAUUAUUCCUGCUGGACAGUUAAGAGUGGAGAAUGCUAGUCAGAUAUUGAGAUUAUGUCCCUCCUCUUUAAAGUCAUCCUCCUGAUCUCUUGCACAGAACACAUUUUGAGGUAACUUUAUUAAUGUGCAUUCGGCAUGUUUUUUGUUCUGAAGCUGAAGAAGAGUCAUCUGCCUUCACUUGAUGCUGUCUGUCCUAAGGAUAUUUGCACCUGUGUCAAACCUUACUUUGCCUAUAUGAGAACUGGUAAAAUUACAUCCUAACUUGCUAUGUGCAAAUGUGACUGACCUUCACUGUAAAUUUGUAAAAAUAAAGAAAAAUAAAAUAA